AUGCCUUCACCAACAGCAAAUAGUUCAUCUGUGAUGCCUUCACCAACAGCAAAUAGUUCAUCUGUGAUGCCUUCACCAACAGCAAAUAGUUCAUCUGUGAUGCCUUCACCAACAGCAAAUAGUUCAUCUGUGAUGCCUUCACCAACAGCACAUAGUUCAUCUGUGAUGCCUUCACCAACAGCAAAUAGUUCAUCUGUGAUGCCUUCACCAACAGCAAAUAGUUCAUCUGUGAUGCCUUCACCAACAGCAAAUAGUUCAAUGGUUUCAUCAAUAUUUUUCACUUCGCGAGAAAAAGAUCCUUCUUUGGUUGCAAUUGAAAAAAUUGUGGAGAAACAUUUUUCCGGACGUUCUUCCAACAGCACAAGAGGCAAAAGACGCAUCGCUUCUAGUGGAAAUGGCAGGAGCGUUACAGAUUUAGAUGAGUUAGCCCUCAUAUCAAUUAAAAAGAAGAAAACGACGGAAAACAAAACAGCUAAAACAAGAAAUUCGAAAAAGGUAAUCAAUGCGCGAGCACAAUCUGAUGUGUCAACCGUUCCCGCUAAUACUAUGUUACAUGAACCAAUGAAAAGCGUAGCAAUAGCUACUUCUCAAAACACUGCAUUACCACCAAUUACUUACAUGUUAACAUCAGAUGCUUCCCCAACGAUAUCGUCAUUCCAUUCAAGUGUUGGAAUUUGUGGUCAGCUACAGAGCUUAACACAAACGUCUACCAUUCAAUGUCAAUUAUGUUUCAAUAUUAUUCAAGCACUGGAAACAACUAGCAAUUGUCACCAAUGCCACAAGAUCCUCUGCUGGAAAUGUAGCACCAAAAUGAAUGAUACUUAUCAACUUUGUUACCCCUGUCGAUCAUUUUAUGCUAAUCAGCAACAUAAUUACUACAGUUACACACAACUGUAA